AUGCCCAUCGCCAUGGAUCUAGGGCUUGACGGUUUCGGCUUAGAGGAGGACAUCCCGUUGCGCGGCUGGUCUAUGAAGCGUGGGCACCGCAAGCGAGUGGAGGCUGCCAGCUGCCGUAAGGCGAAGAAGUCCGGCAAAGCGGGCGAGCAGUACGAGGUGGGACUGGGGCGCUCCGUCACCAAGCGCAGUGUCCAUUCUGGAGGCCGCCACUCAUGGGACCAGGAGUUGCGCGUCCGUACCCGCCGGUACAAGUUGAGGCAGCAGAUGCACCAGGCAAUCAACGAGAUCUACGAGGCCGCAAUGGAGGCUGAGUGCGCCUUCGAGGACUUGGAGGAAGACUUGGAGGAAGAAGAGAGGAAGCAGAUGAAGGAGAUGGAAGAGAUGGACAAGUGGGCGGCGAAGUGGGAGGACCUCGAGGUGGCCUCUGUGUGCACGUCCACCACGGCGGGUGGCUCCGAGCCCGCCUCCGGUGUCGCCGACUUCGCGGCCUCCGCACGGGCCCCAUCGAGCCCGUCGCGCUCCUCCGUGGCCGACGCAACCGGGACAUUCGGGACAGUCGCGCCCUCGCUUUCACCGUGGCUCGCGGCCCUCCGGCGGGCGGAGCUCCGGGCCCGGGAGUACGCGGACACCAUGCAGCUUGCAGCGCAGCUGGAGAGGGAAGGUCGACGGAGACGCCAGCGCCUGGUGCCUGAGAAGAAGAGCGAGAUCGAGAGGCUGGCAGACGAGCUGAGCAGAUUGUACCAAGUCAGGCUGUGCCACGAUCAGACCGAGCCUCUCACUCCUUUCGAGAAGCUUCGCUGGCAGUUUCUGAAGGACCACGCCCAUGCCAUCUGCCAGCCACUCUCCGGCUGCUACCUCGGCACUGGCAGGCAGUGGCAGUUGAAGCCAACACCUCUCGCUCCCGCCGUGGAGGACAGGUUCCUCCAGGCCUGCGAUCGUGCUGUUGCGGGCGAGCUGCAGCCGGCGCUUCAUGGAACGAACGAGACGAAUCUCCUGUCCAUCUACUCUCGUGGUCUACUCAUCCCCGGCGAGUCAGGAAUAAAGGUCGUGAAUGGAUCGGUACAUGGCGUGGGAAUCUACACAGCCUACACCCAAAGUGCAGGCCUGUCCUGGAGCUAUUCCCGCGGCUUGUCUAGGCCUGUACUGGUCUGCGGGGUUCUGGACCCAAAGGCACGAAAGGAUGGAGCAGACACUUCGCAGCUGGUGAACUACACAUGCAGUGCGCGUAUCUUCUUUCAGGAGGACAUGGUCUCACCUUUGUUCGAGGCAUGCAUUGGCAGUGGGGAUGCCACCACUGCAAGUGUGCCAAGACCCACCUUUGCGACUUCCAAGAAGCACCGCCUGGAACCGGAACCCGAAAAGAAGCCGAAAGGCCCGGGGCCGCGGACGCGGCUCGUGCGCAGGCGCGUUCCCCGGCGCUCGCCGCAGGCCUUCCUGGCCCGGCACGCGGCGCGCAAGCGGCAGAGUGUGAGCGCACCUCGCGUUGUAAUGUACAGUGUACAGCCUGUGUACAGCUGCCGCUUCCCAUAG